AAUCAGCCCAGCUGUGGAACAGAAACCAAAACAGAAAGGGGCUGAUUAAUCAGCUGAAUGGUUUCCUCGCAUCGUUACUGAUUUUGCUGCCAGAGUGGUUAACUAAGUUCCUUCCUAUUCCUUUUCCCAAAUAUGGCGAGCGGUGGUGUGGAACCCAAUAUAAGCAAAUAUUUCGCCAAUGAUCCACCGAGCUGUUUCGAUAGUUUGACCGCCGGUGAAGAAGGUCUCUCGCAGGGAGCAGUGGCGGAAGCGUACCUGUCCUACGACUACCUCGCCAGCAGCGACCUGCAAUCCCAACCCAACAUUCCGGACGGCGUGCGCGAUCUGUGGCAGCCGCCCAGACGGACGGCACCGGGCGGCCUGCCACCCGCCAACCUAACCAUGCCCGGCGUAAGCGUGGCGACCGAUCUGACCGAUCCGGUGCAGGACGCGGUCGGGUUGCUGGUCGACGCGAGCGAGGCACAGCAGCGCAAGCUGCUCCUCCCGGACAACGUAACGCAGGACGAGCGGGGAUUGCGCGAGCUGAUAGAGAACGGGUGCUUCCGGUCGGCGGUGAACCUGACCGCCCGGUUGCUCACGAUCAAGCAGCAAGGGUUCGGGCACGCCGGGCAUCCGGUGAAGCACAGUCCCAACUCGCUGCAGCUCUGGUUCACCCGGCUGGCGCUGCUGGUAAAGCUCGGCCAGUACGAGAUAGCGCGCGUCGAGGCGGAACCGUUCGGCGCACUGACCAAUCCGGACGUGUUUUACGAGUUCUACCAUCCGGACAUGCACGCGGACAGGAAGGGCUCGAUGGCACCGUUCUCCUUCCGGCUGCUGCUUGCCGAGCUGCCCGUCUAUCUCGGUGCGCCACGUGUCGCGCUCGAUCGGCUGACCGAUCUGCUGGCGGUGGUGCAUCAAAUCCGCUGCUACUUCGAGCGAACUGCCGGCCUGCCGAACGGUGCCGUGCCCCAUGCGCAGGAAGCGUUCGGCUUUUGGACCGCGCGCGAAACGCGCGUCCUACAUUCCAUCGUGAACUGUGCGCUGGCGGUGAAAGAUUACGGGCUGGUCGAGCAGCUCAUGGAACGGCUGGCCGGGGCAGCGGCCAACCCGCAGAAGCGCAUACUCCUGUCUGCCUGGGGCCGGAUGCGGCUGCAGUGUGGCGAUAUGGCCGGUGCGGAGAAGAAGUUUGCCGAAGCUCGACGGCUCAAGGAGGAGAAAGCCUCCGAGGUGCCGGAUCUGAUCGACCGGGGGCUGCUGGCCGUCGCCCAGAACGAUUUCCAGAGUGCAUUUGAGCUGUUCCAGAAGGCGUCGGCGGCCGCGCCCUCCAACACGAUGCUGUACAACAACAUGGGCGUGUGUUUGCUGUACUCGGGCAAGCUGAAGGACGCGAUCAAGCUGUACGAGGGCGCAAUCGAGCGGAACACCAAGGCGUGUCUGAACGAGUCGCUGCUCGUGAACCUGUCCACGCUGUACGAGCUGGAGUCGAACCAUGCGAAGGAGAAGAAGAUUAAGCUGCUGAAGCUGGUCAAUCGGCACCGGGCCGACCUGACGGUCGGGCUAGACGUUUGUCUCAAGCUGCAGACGACUGUGUAGGCGGGCGGAGAGGGCUAAGUGAUGCAGAAGAUAAAGACAAUUAUAUUUAUGUGUUGUAGGCAGCCGUAGUGACGCAAUAUGGAACAGUUCUUUUUAGGUUUAAAUAUUAAUUUUAAAAGGCUUCAAAAGGUAUUUGGUUCGUAAGUAGACAAGGUAGAAAUCCAGCUAAUGCAAUUAAGAUUGAUCAUGUGAAAGGAAUGGAAAGGAAGAAAACACAUCUGUGCUUAUAAAGUAUUCAUAAUAAAGAAAAAGGACUUAAAAUAAGAAA